CUCACCCUCUGCAGCCAUGCCUUCUUCACCGAAAGUCUUCGAGACCCCUCUCACCAAGCUCUUCAAGAUCACCCACCCAGUCAUGCUCGCUGGCAUGAACGUGGCUGCCGGUCCCAAGCUUGCUGCUGCGGUAACCAACGCUGGUGGUAUUGGUGUUAUCGGAGGUGUCAGACAAAGCCCAAAGUUCCUUCAAGGCUCUAUCGAGGAGCUGAAACUUCACUUGGAGGACAAGAACGCGCCCUUUGGUGUCGACCUCUUGCUUCCUCAAAUCGGAGGCAAUGCUCGCAAAACCAACAAAGAUUAUACCUCUGGUCAGCUCCCUGAGCUCAUUGAUGUUAUCAUCAAGGGAGGAGCCUCUCUAUUCGUCUGUGCUGUCGGCGUUCCACCAAAAUGGGUCGUUGACAAACUCCAUGCCGCUGGAAUUCCCGUCAUGAACAUGAUUGGCCAUCCCAAGCACGUCAAGAAGGCUCUGGCUCAAGGCGUUGAUAUCAUCUGCGCACAAGGCGGAGAAGGUGGAGGCCACACUGGCGACACGCCAUUUUCCAUUUUGAUUCCUGCAACGGUCGAUCUUUGCCGGGGUCAGAAGAGCCCGUUGACUGGUGAAGAUGUUGUGGUUGUUGCUGCUGGAGGUAUUGCCGAUGGCCGAGGUCUUGCUGCUGCCCUAGCGUACGGCGCUUCGGGUGUCUGGGUUGGAACUCGAUUCGUUGCUAGCGUCGAAGCUGGCGCACCCAAGAUGCACAAGGAGCUGGUGCUGAGUGCCGGAUAUGACGAUGUCGUCCGAACGCUAAUCUAUUCUGGUCGACCGAUGAGUGUUAGAAAGACACCCUACGUUGCGGAGUGGGAGGCGAAGCGCCGGGAUGAGAUCGAUGCCCUUGUUGCCCAAGGGAAGAUUCCACACGAAGUCGAGCUCGAAAGCCAUCCUGAAAAGUCUGCACCUGGCCGACAAUGGCUCAUGGGUAAAGUGGCUGGCUCCAUUAACGGCAUCAAGCCAGCGAAAGAGAUUGUGGACGAGAUGGUCAACACUGCAGCCAGGGUGAUCUCUGCAGCACAGGCUCUCAAGGUACCUCAAGUAAAACUGUAG